UGUAAUAAGUAUAUUGCCGACAAUGAGCUACGCAUGAUCCAACGGCACAGCAUAACACAAAAUAAAAAUUAUAAUUUAAACUCGGCCGGAACCAAACCAAAGCCAAGCCGCAGCAGCCGCCUAGAGAAUCUCUAAUACCUCCAACAAACAUCCUCAUAUGACCACGUGUCCACUUUCUUUGCCGUCCAAACGAACUGACCCCACGUCUAAUCCGACGCCCUUCGAACCCCCCACGUCUUUCCACUCUUAUCGAUAAAUAAACGGCCUAGAAUAAGCCACGUGUCAUACCCAUUGUCAUAUUACCCCUCUAAUCCAACGGACCUUGUCACCUCCCCCUUUCCACACCACCUUCCUCUCUCUGUCUUUGCAAAGUCUACCUUCUCCAAAAAUCUUGCCGGCUUGUUUCCCAAUUUACCCCUCGCUCUCUAAACCCUCGAAUCUUGAUAAUAGUAAUAAAAAUAAAAAGGAUAAAAAUUGCAGAGCGAUCUAUUUUGCUAAUAUGGCGGAUUCAGACAAUGAAUCAGGAGGACAUAACAAUAACGCGAAUAGCGAAUUAUCGGCAAGGGAACAGGACAGGUUUUUACCAAUUGCAAACGUGAGCAGAAUAAUGAAGAAAGCUCUGCCGGCAAACGCUAAGAUCUCGAAAGAUGCCAAGGAGACAGUGCAAGAGUGUGUGUCUGAAUUUAUUAGCUUUAUCACAGGGGAAGCCUCUGACAAGUGCCAGCGUGAAAAGCGCAAGACUAUUAACGGCGACGAUUUACUCUGGGCUAUGACGACACUUGGUUUUGAAGAGUACGUGGAACCUUUAAAGAUUUAUUUGCAGAAGUAUCGAGAGAUGGAAGGGGAAAAAACUUCUAUGGGAGGUAGACAAGGAGAGAAAGACGGUGGAGGGUCUGGCGGUAGUGGUGGUGGUGCCGCUGCCGGUGGUGGUGGUGGAGGAGAAGCGAUGUAUGGUGGGAUGAUGAUGAUGGGUCAUCAUCAUCAUCAUCAAGGGCACCUGUAUGGCUCUGGUGGGUUUCAUCAUGGAGGUGCUGGCAAUUCAAGGUAGGUGCUGAGGGUUUUUUUUUUCUUUUUUUUUUUCUCAGUAUAUUUUUACUAUAUUAAUUUGUUAUCAAUCAAGGAUUAACUUGGUUAGGUCUCCAGUUAAUUUUGUCAAUCUCUCUUUUCUCUUUUUCUUUUUUCUUGAUGGGGAGGUGUUGCAAGGGCUUAUGUGUAAUUUGGGUAGACAGCAUAAUCAUUGUAAUGAAUAGUACAAGUAAUGUAACAAAUCUAAUGAAGAAAGACAGUGCUAGUUUGAGGAGGGAAGAACAACAUUAAACAAGAAAAACACAAUCACUUCCUAUGAUUUUGAUAGA